CCAGAGACAUCAAACUGCGAACCAUCGCCCCCGUUACCAACUGGAUCUGAUGCAAGCAGCGAGUGCAGAUCCAAGGGUGUCAGAGCCCACUCCAGAAGGCCUCAAGAGAAGCCACCUAAACAUUGGGGUUCUUGAGGAGUUUGCCCAAAAUAUGGCCGAGAACAUAAUCCAGUCAUUUAUAAGCCAAAUGGAAAUGGUGGCGCCUGAGGUGGACUGCCGGGCGUCCAGAUUUUAUCAGAACCAGGAGACGUUAGCUGAAGAGUUAGCCUCAGCAGUGGUUGACGUUGCUCUGAGGGAAGUGUGUGGAGGUCACAACGUCGAGGAUCACGACGGUUCCCAGAGUACAAAAUCAGCUUUUAUAAAUGAAUCUGACAGCGAAAGAUCCACAGAUAUGGAUCCAGGCAAAGAAAUCCAGACAUCCAAAGACACCCAGCCCUGUUACCCACCGCUGUCCCAGUCAGGGCUCCCCGUCAUGGGAUCCCUUGACUACCCCGACGCCCCUCCAACCACGCCUCUCCUCCCUGAGCUUGAGAGGAGCAGACACAGUUUCGCAAGGAAGCUAAAAGGAGGCUUGGCGAAGGUUUUCCUGCCUUCACCUCCUCCGCCAACCCCAAAGGACAAAGAGGACGACAUGGACGGAGCUGUCAACGACUCCCAGGUGGAGUUAAUGGAGCAUCUGAUGCACUCGCUGUCCACAGAUGAUAUGGCAAGAGACUCUUUUGAAGUAGGACCUCACCAUGGAGCCAAGCUGGAGGCUUUUGCGGAGGCUCUUUCAUGUGACAUUAUUGGCUGGGUCUUGAGUGAUAAAAACAGAGAGCCGAUAGCUGAUAGCGAUCUUCACCUACUCGCCCACCAACUGGCUGAAACCAUCAUCUCCUCCUCCCUUGAUGAAGCUAAAAUGCUUGUCUAGUAUUGGUAUCUUAAUGUGGUUAAUGGGAUCAUAUUUGUGAUUGCUGGCAUGUAGACAGACACACACACACACACACACACACACACACACACACACACACGCACGCACACACGCACACAGAUAUCCACCCACAUGUUACCUCCAGGCUGACUGCCACUGCAUUUUUGUUAUGGUUUACUGCAAUAAUAUUGUUCCAUAAUGGUCUGAAGUAGAUUUUCUUGACAGUGUAUUGCUCAAUAAAGUUCAGUUCAAGCUCAUCCAGA